AUGCGGGCAGAUUCGGGUUUGCGAUCCAAGGUUGAUACCGAACCGAAGGUGUGCGAGACAUUCGGCAUUGAACCUUCCGUGUGUUGCAUUUCCCCAGAUAGGACGUUCACUUCGUCUCCUCUCUCAGCCGUGUUCGGUCACGAGGUCAAGCCCCAAUCAAUGGACAGGCACGACGCCACGCCGAGCUCUCCAAGAGACAUUCACCCUCCUCGAACGCAAGCUGAGCUGAAGACGAGGCCGUGA